GAGCCAUCAAGUCGAUUCAUCACGAAAGCGUUGGACACGGCGAGGGAAAACCAAGAGGGACGAGAGCAAGCGUCCUCGCCCGAACGACUUCCCAGUAUCUAUCACCAUUUCCCACGCUCUGUUCUGUCCCGUAAGUGCCGGUUGACCACCAAGGUUUGGUCUGAGGCGGGGUACUAGUUACGACCCACUCUCCCUCGGAAUACGACCUCGCGAGUCGCAAGGGAAAGGCAUGUCCGCCACCUCGCCGGCGGCUAUCUCAGCAUCGCGACCACUCCCAGUCAUAGUCGACAGCAACAGCCUCAUAACGAGCGUGACUGUGCGACAGGUUAUAGAGCCAAGUGGGGGGACCGACGAACAGGUUAUUCUCGUCAACAUCCCAGUGGUCCUGCCGUCCGAGGCGAAAAGCACGCUCGCGGCCCUAAAGCGCAUCCGUGAACAGGCAAAAGGCAGUCCACCGUCUGUUUACGUGGUUCCCAGCUUCUGGCUGACCCUGGACGACGCCCUACUGCAACUCCAAGAAAAUCUUCUAUCCAUCAUCGUCCACGUUCCUCACCUCCUUAUACUUCCUUCAUACCCCGCCGCCUCACAUACGCUUGCUGCCCGACUCAGACAAGCCUCGUUGACGUGCUCUGCUCUAUUGGAAGGCAUUCUCGCUAACCAGAAUGAAACGACAGUAGAACCUUCGUCAUCCCAAACAUUACUUCAAGCAGUCGAGCGAGCGUCUUCAACGAUUGUGUCGCAAAUCGAGCGUUUGAUCGAAUCGACCGCCGGCGGUACCAGCUGGCAGGACGCAAAGCAAGGGUAUGCCAAUGUACUGGCCAGUGCGGGACACUUGGUCGAUGCGUUGGAGAGCUUUCUGAACUUCAAAAAUGGCACGAUUCCACAGCCACCGGAGAAGGAUCCUUCUGCUCGCUUGAGCAACUCGUCAUACCUAUCACCGCCUGAUUCGCCCCGCAAUUCUGUCUCGCAGGAGGAUCAAUUCGACGAAGAUGCUGAUCUCACGAAAAAUAAAGAUGCUUCCGAUGCCCCCGCAAAGUCAAAAUCCUUUGGGGCCAAAUUUAUACGUCGCAUCUCUCACUUAACCAAGGGAUCGCAUUCGUCCCAAGGCGAUGAUGCCGAGGAGGGCCGUUCCAGUCCUUCCUUCCACACGUCUUACGUAUACCCGAGUACAGACGAUGUCAUGUUGGGCCCUGCAGCGGAUGUCCCACAGCCUUUCCGCACCUCCACUCUAAUCGACACAUUACAACGACGGCACAGAAGUGUGGAGACCCCGCGGCGCCAAACUAACGCUGCAUAUGGGCCCGGCUUCGAAGGGUCUGUCCUUUCCAGCGUGGACGUCCCACGAUCGCGCUCGUUCGAUCAUGGUCUGGGAUCCGUUCUCACACCUUUGGUGGAACGGUCUACUACGGGUACUCGCGAGAGGUCAAUGUCGAGGUCCGAUCCCCCAAAGUUGCCGGAAAUAUCGCUUGGCUGGUUGGAUACAACCGAUCUUCUUGGAGAUACGUUCGCUGUAUUGAAGACGAACGAAAACCUGGAAAUAGAUCCACCGCCACUGCCACCAAAGGAUUCGCAGGCAGGGCAACCGCCGGAGCCUGGAUUUUCAGUUCCAUCGAUCAAGCCUUCCAACUCGAAAGUGCCAUCCUCGCAACCCGUGCGGUCCCGCCAUACCCGUCAUGGAUCCGGGUCGUCCAUGUCCUCUGCCCGGCGAUUAAGGUCAGACACGUGGGUAACGAGGUUACCGUCGGAUCCGGAACAACCGUACAAGAGGAAGGAGGGGGAUCGGUGGUCCAGAAUGAUGGAAAAUCUUGCCUUGACGGAUCUGAAAGACUGGGAGGGCGCCGUUGCCGAGGAGAGUGACCCGUUAGGUGGAGAAGCCAAUGCGACGGAGCAACUCUUGUCCCGCUCGGAGAGUCAGACCGAGACUCGGGCGGACGGACUCCUCGACAAUGCAUUCCAGACGAUGAAGACCCUGCGAUAUAGGGCUGUUCAACGCAUUCCCACGUUUGACAGCACGGGCACGCAGAUUGGGGUACUCGACCAAGGACGCUUCUCGUCUGCGCCGGUGACCGAUGAGGAGGUCGACAAGGGCACACAGGAGUUCAUUCUUGUGCGUGGGAAUCGGCUGCUGUUGUGCGAGGAAGGUAGCGAUGUCCUGGUAAUGGACAUGGUCAACGGAAAGCUCGAGAUCGCAGCAGGCACACUGGAAAAGCUCGUUGCGCGAUUAGCCGAGGAGAACUCGCAAGACUUGGAGUUCGUCGACAUGUUCCUCGAGAAUCACCCGUUUUACAUACCAUCUCGGGACUUGCUGGUCAAUCUGAUCGCCCGCUUCUACUUCGAGGCGCCUCCAGGCGCGACUGAGCUCGAGAUCGACUACUGCGCGACAUGGAGACGACCUAUCAGGGUUAAAGUGCUUUCUGUGCUGUCGAGAUGGGUACGACUGCGGUUUGAGGAUUUCGAAGAAGAUGUGUCGCUUCGAGAAACUUUGGAAGAUUUCCUCAGCGCAGUCGAGAGCGAGGAGGGGUUCAUUGGCGAGGUUCGCAGGAUUCGCAGGGUGGCUACGGCCCAGGCCAUGUCGUUGUCAACGAGACUGAAUCAAGCGCCCCGCGGAAUCAUCAUGUUGGCAAACAAUCAACUCCCAUCCCUUUCGGCGAGCCCGUUCCCCACGUCGCUGCAGCAGAUGCUACCAGAAACAUCGCCGCUUUUGAAUUUCGAGGCGGCACAGCUUGCCAAGUACCUCACCAUGGCGGAUGUCCGUGCAUUCCGAAGCAUCACGAUCGCAGAUUAUGUUGCCAAAUUGCAUUUGGGAAGGGACGUAGCGGAUGGAAAGGGAGAGGACAGAGGGCGAAGGAUCGACUGGUUCGCCAAACGGUCUGAUAUGAUCAGGAAUUGGAUUUGCUUAGAGCUCUGCACAUUGGCACCGAAGAAGCUGCGACGCAAGUUGCUGGAGAAGCUCAUCACCGUUGCCCUGUACUGCCGAUCCCAUCGGAACUUCCACACCCCCUUGUUCAUUCUCCUCGCGUUGCAAUCACCUGCCGUGCAAAGAUUGAAACACACUUGGGACGCUAUACCGAAAGACCUCAUGGAUAAAUUGAAGACUCUGGAAAAGUUGCUGGACGUUAGCGGAAACAUGCGGGAGCUGCGUAAAGCUAUUGACGAAAACGGGGUUGUUGGAGAUGGACCGGACGGAACGGGCGUCGUUCCGUUCUUCCCUGUUGUCAUGAAGGACGUCACUUUCAUUGUCGAGGGAAAUCCACAAUAUGUCGAACGUAUCCUCGUCGGUUCCGCGGAUAUGGACCCCUCGAACCAGAUUGCGCCCAUGAAAGCCGCACCGGAGCACAACGGCAUCGAAACACCCGCAGGAAAUCCGUCGCGCGGUGACGAUGAGGAUAUACCAGACCAAGCCCCGCUGAUCAACUUUGACAAGUACCGCACUCUUUGUCAAGUUCUCGCCAAGUACAUGAAGUACGUCGAGUCGUAUACGUGGGAAGCGCCCCUGGUCGCACCAUCAAUCACAGCGAUGGUAUACGGGUCUCCGCCCCUGACGCCUUCGGUUCCGCCGCCGGUGUCCGCACUAUCCGACGCCGUCUACAUGUCAUCGGCACCGUCCACCAUUCAACUGCCCGCUGGCGCUAUAUCGUCCAACCCAACGUCGGUAAACGCGCCUGCCGUCAUCUCACCGCCAAGUUACUCCUCCGCAACCCUUUCUUCGCUCGUCCCCAUCCAACCUCAUCAGCACCAACAACUCUCACCAACCCUCAUCUCCCCAACAGCAAUGUCCCCACUCUCCGCAACCGCCACCUCCCCGCAAUCCUCGCUAACAGCCCUCGUCAACUCCGGCUCCCACCCACCUCCGUUACCUCACCCCCUCGCACCCUCCGUUCUCGACGCCCCAUUCCCGGCCCUGCCUGUAUUGCCUGUACAGGCGUCCAUGCACAGUCAGCCGGCUGCAGCUACACCGGCCGUUGACCCCGAUAUGGACCGAAUCGCCCAGAUCAUUGAGCCACGUUUGCUGGCGGCGGCGGAUGAUGUGCAUCGGUAUGGGGAGGGGUGGUGGAUGAAGAAGGCUUCGGAGUUUGCGUUGAGGUGUUCGGGGGAGGACCAUGAUUGAGUGAACAGCUGUCAACGAGGUCUAAAUUUUUCGUCAUGCGUACCAUUUGAUAGAACCCAUCUAUAUCUAGGCUAGAACCCGCAGGUCAGAUAACUGCGUAGACAUCUCCGCGCAACGUCUUUCUUUUUGCACUGUACAUAGAAGUUUUGUUUGCGAAUGUAUAUAAACACCAGGACUUUGCGUGAAUGCCAGUCGCCGAUUUCGCAAUCUGCGUGUACAACCGGCACAAUAACUUCAUCGGCAGGGGCGCGAUUUAUGCAAUAUGAAUC